GCCGUUGUCAGCGCAGGACAGUUCCAUAGCGCAGUUCAAACCAAGCAGGAGAUGGAUGCUGUGGAGUGUGCAGUGGAUAAGACUUGUAACAACACUAAGGACAGUGGUGAACGACCCAAGUGGGACAACAAAGUCCAAUAUCUACUCACUUGCAUAGGUUUUGCUGUGGGACUGGGCAACGUCUGGAGAUUCCCAUACUUGUGUCAGAUCUACGGAGGAGGUGCUUUCCUGAUCCCUUAUGUCAUUUCCUUGGUGUUGGAGGGCCUUCCCCUGCUGUAUAUGGAGCUGGCAAUUGGACAGAGGCUCCGGAUGGGAAGCAUUGGAAUUUGGUAUUCAAUCACACCCUAUCUGGGAGGAUUAGGUCUGGCCUCAAUGAUAGUGUCCUUCCUGGUGGGGCUGUUCUACAACACCAUACUGGCCUGGAUCCUGUGGUACUUCUUCCACUCGUUCCAAGAUCCACUACCCUGGAAGGACUGUCCUGUUAACCAAAACCUCACAGGUCAUGUGAGUGAAUGUGUGAAGAGCACACCAGUGGAGUACUUCUGGUAUCGGAAAACCCUGGACAUUACACCCAACAUUGAGACCAGUGGCUCCUUGCAGUGGUGGCUGGUUCUGUGCCUGGCUACAGCUUGGUGUAUCGUCUACAUUUGCUUCAUUCGGGGCAUUGAGACCAUUGGAAAGGCAGUGUAUGUGACAGCUACAUUCCCCUACCUCGUGCUGACCAUCUUUCUGAUCCGAGCCUUGACCCUACCAGGAGCAACCGACGGCCUGGUCUAUCUGUUCACUCCAAAUUGGGAGACACUGAAGAAUCCCAAGGUAUGGUUGGAUGCUGCCACUCAAAUCUUCUUCUCCCUCUCCCUGGCCUUUGGGGGACUCAUAGCGUUCUCCAGUUACAAUCCUCAGAAAAAUGACUGUGAACGAGACGCUCUCAUAGUGGGAUGUGUCAACAGCCUUACAUCGAUCUACGCAUCCAUUCCUAUUUUUGCCAUCCUUGGAUUUAAAGCAAAAACCAACUUUGAUGACUGUCUUGAUGGAAAUAUCAGGGCUUUAACCAAUGCAUUCAAUAUUGGGGAUAACAACAUAACAGUUGAAAACUAUAAGGACUGGCUGGCCCGCCUAAAUGCGAGUGAUCCCUCUGAAGUUGUUAGCCUCAACUUGAAGACGUGCGAUAUGCAAACAUUCCUUGAUCAGAGUGCCUCUGGGACUGGCCUGGCCUUCAUAGUGUUCACAGAGGCAGUGAUAAAAAUGCCAGGCUCGCAGGUGUGGGCAAUACUCUUCUUCAUCAUGCUCUUCAGCCUGGGGCUGUCCUCCAUGUUUGGCAAUCUAGAAGGGGUCCUUACACCACUGCUGGACCUGAAAAUGGUGCCCUUGUGGAUGCCUAAAGAAAUAUUUACAGGGUUGCUAUGCCUCACCUCCUUCAUGAUGGCCCUGCUGUUUACUAUGGGCUCAGGGAACUACUGGCUAGAGAUCUUCAAUAGCUACGUAGGAUCCUUGCCUCUCCUCAUCAUAGCCUUCUUUGAGAUCAUCGCAGUGGUCUACAUCUAUGGAAUAAAAAAGUUCAGUGAUGACAUAGAGUCCAUGACGGGACGAAGGCCUAAUAUCUUCUGGCAGGCCACAUGGAGAGUGUUUAGUCCACUGAUGCUACUGGUGGUCUUCCUGGCUUAUGUUGUUGUACAGACGGAGACCGAACCCACCUACGAUGCCUGGAACCCAGAAUAUGUAAAGACAUGUUGCAUCAUCAGGCCGAAGUCCACUUCCCCUUGGCUGAUGUGCAGCCCUAUCCCCGCUGGGUGUUUGCUAUCUGUGUUUUGUUGUCUGCUCUCCCCUGCAUCUCCAUACCUGCUGUGGCCCUCUACAGGUUCACACUCUUCCUGAAGUCACAUGUCAUGGACACACGCAACUAUAAUCCCAAUAACAACUAACCUUACUUCCGUAGAGCCCAGAGUCCAAUUUAAACAUGGCGAAAGCUGCGUUGAGCACUUAUGCUGCAUACAACUGGAAUGAACUACCAGAAGAUCUUAGAUGUGCCACAAACAUAUACAUUUUUAAAUCCAGGUUAA